AUGAAGUGCACGAAUUGCGGUUCAUCCGCCAUUGACUUUGCCAACAACCAGGCGGUAUGCUCGCAAUGUGGUGUCGUUCUCGAAGAGUCGCAGAUCGUCAGCGACAUCACCUUCGGCGAGAACUCGGCAGGUGGUGCCGUCGUCCAAGGUAGCAUGAUCGCCGCCGAUCAGGCUCGCGCACGCGUUUCUGGUCCUGGCGGCUUUCGUGGCGGCUACGUGAGCGAAUCACGCGACAUGACCAUCUCGAACGCUCGAACUGGCAUCAACAACAUGGCCUCAGCGCUCCGCAUCCCGUCGCACGUCGCAGAUCGUGCGCUCCGCUUCUUCACGCUCGCGUUGGAUGGCGGCGCGUCAGCUGCCACGGGCGACGAGCCCAAAAACUACGUGCUCGGUCGCAAAUCCGAGUACACCGUCGCAAGCUGCCUCUACGUCGCCUGCCGUAUGGAAAAGACGACACAUAUGCUCAUUGACUUUGCCGAUGCCAUCCAGGUCAACGUCUUCAUCCUCGGUCGCUCCUACCUUAAGCUCAUCCGCAUUCUCAAUCUGCGUUUGCCGCUCAUCGAUCCUUCCAUCUACAUUGCUCGCUUCGCCGCUUUGCUCGACUUCGGCGAGGAGACGCAGAAGGUGGCAUAUGACGCAUCCAGACUCGUCUCUCGAUUCCAAAAGGACUGGAUCACUGAAGGCCGCCGCCCCGCUGGUAUCUGCGGUGCCUGCCUCAUGCUCGCCGCUCGUAUGAACCACUUCCGACGUUCGGUGAGCGAAGUCAUCCAAGUUGUCAAGAUCGCCGAUGUGACGCUCAAGGCGCGUCUCGAGGAAUUCAAGAAGACGCCAACGGGCCAGCUAUCGGUCAAAGACUUUCGCAACGUGUGGCUCGAGGAAGAGCACGCGCCACCUGCCUAUCUUCGUGCACAGGAGCCAGCAAGCACCAAGCGGAAACGCAAGUCUCACAAGCACGUCAAGCUCCAAGGCGUUGCGGACGCCGAAGCAUCCGAUGACGCCGACGCCGAUGCAGAUGCCGAAGGUGAAGUGGUCGCCAGCGGUGGUGCAAGAGCUGUCGGGACUGAGGAUGCGGACGCCAUCGAUCCUGCUCUGGAGAAGGUGGUGGACGAAGCCACCGAGCAGGAAAUUCAGCAGUACCUCCAGCAGGGUCUCGCGCAGGAGCUCGACAGAGCGCUCGAGACGCAAGAGCGCGAGCGAGAAGAGCGCGCCAGGUCAGGUCAAGUAGGCGCCUCGACAACACGGGCGCUCACGAGCACCAACACACUCACCAGCGUGGCGCGCGACAUUCCGGAUGACAACGGAGCCGGACCUUCUGGAUCUCGCGACGCGACCCUCGAUAUCGGCAAGGCCGGCAAGCUGUUACCUCUGGGCGGACUCGGCAUGGACGUUCAGAGCACCUUUGGAGACGAUGCCGCAUCAAACGACAAUGCGGACGGCGCCACUGCUUCGGACAGGCGGCGCAGCGUAGCGGCAGUGGAUGACGAGCUGGCCGAUCUGGACGAAGAGGAGCUCGACCGCUUCAUUCUCUCACCGGAGGAGGUGAGGAUCAAAGAGCGAGUGUGGAUGGAGUUCAACAAGGACUGGAUGGAGCAGAUGCUCAAGAAGCAGCUCAAGCUCGAGCACGAUCAAAAGAUGGGCGUACCUAUCCGAGAGCCGUACAAACGCAAGAAGCCCAAGGCACCUCGAGAUGCGUCCACUGCAAUGCACAACACAUCGGCAGCCGAGAGCGCAAAGAUGAUGUUGAAGCAGAAGCAGUUCAGUAAGAAGAUCAACUACGACGCCUUGAACAACCUGUUCCCAGGCGCCAAGGUGGUGGGUGGAGGAAACGCGAAGCGUAGCGGACGCAAGGGAGCGAACGGUCAAAAGUCGCGCAAGCGAGGCAGGCAGCAGAGCAGUGACGAGUCGUCGUCUUCGUCGGAAGACGAGGAAGCGGCGGGCCAAGGUCGCAGGGGCAACGAGAAGGGCCGAAAGGGAGCUUCUGGCAGCAGAAAGUCGAAGCAGACUUCGCAGAGCACCGCACAAGGCUAUUUCGAGUCGGAUCAGAACGAGUCGCAAGCAGAGAUCAUCGAGGAGGAUGGCGAGAUGCUUCCGCCUUCGCAUCCGCUGCGCCGAAGGGAGACGAGACUCAACAAGCGCGGACAGCUCUCAUCGGCGGCGGAAGAGUCGGCGAACACGGACUUGGGCGAAGACAUGGACGAGUACGGGCAGGGACCAGCGGUGAAUCUGACGGAAGCGGCCAUGCGCAGUCAGCUCGGCUACUUUGACGAUGAUACGAUGGACGACGACUGA